UUUAUUAUGUUUGCCUCUUUCGCAGGGGGACCAAAGAACCCGCACUCAAAAUGCUACGACGCCGUAGGAUACCACCCGUGUAGAGUGGCGGCAGCAGGUUCGAGGUGGCACUUCGACAUGCACACCAAGAACUGCCUAAAGAGCCAGUUCUGCGCCGAGGACAACAAUAACUUCCACACUAAGACAGAGUGCGAAUACGCCUGUCCAGCUUAUUCAUUCUGUCUAUUCGACAAAGCUGAAGUUCCUUGUGCCAACAGUACUGGGCAAAGUCAGUGGUUUUUUGACCCGUAUACCCAUCGGUGCAAGAAAUCCAUCAACUGUGUCACAGGAGGCAACGCUUUCAUCUCGAGAUCGGAAUGCAUCUCCAAAUGCCGAGCAGUCGAUGUGUGCGAUGCACCGAGACCAGCGGAGAUUUGCGACAGUGGACAACGAACUGUUUGGUACUACGACAAGUCAAGGGGCGCCUGCGUCAAGGACGUCAACUGUCACAACCGAGGCAACAACUUCCCCAGCCUGAAAGAAUGCCAAAGAGUUUGCAUUAGACGUGUGGCACCAGUGCCAAAGCCCAGCAAGGUGUGCUUCACGUUUCCCCCGACGUACGGCUGCGGUCGACUGGCCGAGAGGUGGGUCUACAAUCUCGACUCGAAGAUGUGCGAGCGCAUGUUCGUCUGUCCCAAGUCUGGCAACAGCUUCAUCCGGAGGAGCAACUGCGAAUACAGCUGUCCGUCAGAGUCAUUCUGCAGUUUCCCAAAACCGUUCCUGGAUCCGGCUUGCGCCAACUACCCUCCUGCAAAGCACACCUGGUACUACAACCCAGAAACGCGCGAAUGCCGAUUGGGCGCAGCCUGCCACUUGGCUAGGAGCAACGCCUUCCCCACUCGUCAAAGGUGUAGCCAGAUCUGCAGAAGCCGUGACGUCUGUUUCGAGCCUCCAAACCCGCCUCUAUGUCCAGGAAAGGAGAAGACCGUGUACAUCUACAAUCCUAUCAAACGGAUAUGCGAGAAGUCACAAGGCUGCGAUUUUCGCGGGAACAAUUUCCCCACCAUAGAGGAAUGCAGCAAAACCUGCGAACGAUAUCGCUCCCCCGAAGACUGCCACCACUGGCCGAACCGCGGUCCGUGCUACGACUUCCAAUUCAAGUGGUACUUCGACCCGCACUAUAAAAACUGCUUCCAAUUUCUUUACGGUGGCUGCAACGGUGGCCCUAAUCUGUUUGACUCGAGAGAAGAGUGCCUGGGAGUCUGCGUUCCCCUGAAGCGCACUCCUCGACGCUGCUGAUCUCAGUCGCUUCUUCUUAACAAUAAAAAUUGGAACUCAAACAAUAAUCCUUCUGUGGAUCAAAUUGUUUACAAGUAAUUGCUUCGUGUCUCUGU